AUGGUGGUGGUGCUUCUGCUGGGCUUCUGCGGCUUCUGGUCUCCACUGGCAGCGCUGGUUCUGGACUUCAACAACAUCAAGAGCUCUGCAGACGUGCAGGGCGCUCGGAAGGGCUCACCGUGCUUGUCUGACAAAGACUGCAACACCAGGAAGUUCUGCCUCCAGCCCCGAGAAGAGACCCCCUUCUGCACCACCUGCCGGGGGUUACGAAGGAGGUGCCAGCGCAACGCCAUGUGCUGCCCGGGAACGCUCUGCAUAAAUGAUGUUUGUACAAUAAUGGAAGAUGCAACCCCAAUGUCGGAAAGACAGGCUGAUGACCAAGAUGACACAGAUACAAAAGGAACAACUGAGCAUCCAAUUCAGGAAAACAAACCCAAGAGGAAGCCGAAUCCCAAGAAAUCACAAAGCAGUAAGGGACAAGAGGGAGAAAGCUGCCUUAGAACGUCUGACUGUGGACCUGGACUUUGCUGUGCUCGUCACUUCUGGACUAAAAUUUGUAAACCAGUGCUAUUGGAGGGACAAGUCUGCUCCAGGAGAGGUCAUAAAGACACAGCUCAAGCUCCAGAAAUUUUCCAGCGCUGUGACUGUGGUCCCGGACUAUCAUGCCGAAGUCAAGUUACUGGCAAACGCCAGCAUGCACGGCUGAGAGUGUGCCAAAAGAUCUAAAAAGUUGCAAAUAUUUCAAAAUGA